AUGGGAUCUUUUUUAUCCCAACCUAUAACCCAGAAAUACCAUGAAUAUUAGUUUAGUGGCAAUUUAUCAUGCUAUACUACUGCCAUGCAAGGAUGGCGAUUGUAAAUGGAAGAUGCUCAUCUGAUGAAACCAAAUUUUAUUGAAAAUAUUUCUUUAUUUGCUGUAUUUGAUGGACAUGGUGGAUCUGGGAUUUCGUAGUUUUUGGCUGAAAAUUUCAUGAAUGUAUUGAUCUCUUAACCUGCAUUUGAAAAAAUGGAUUUUAUGCAAUCACUUCAUGACACAUUUUUGUAGCUGGACGAUAUGAUUAAAAAUAAUGAAAUCAAAAAUACUUUUAUAGGUUCUACUGCAGUCGUAGCUUUGAUAGCAGAUAAAAUGCUUUAUGUGGCCAACUUGGGAGACUCUCGAUGCCUCUUAAUGAGAGAUGACGAAACUAUUGAACUCACUAAAGAUCAUCUUCCAAGCAAUGAAUUAGCACGAAUUAGAUAUGCUGGAGGCUUUGUUGAUGAAUAAGGUCGUCUAAAUGGUACCCUGUCUGUUUCCAGAGCUUUUGGUGAUUUUGAAUUCAAGUAGGAACCAUUACCUGCUAAUUAGUAAAUGGUUAUAGCAGAACCUGAAAUCAGGAAAAUUAAAUUAAAUAAAGAUGAUCGUUUUCUCUUUUUGGGAUGCGAUGGUGUAUUCGAAACCUAAAACAGUUAUAAAGUGAUGGAGUUCAUCUCCGCACAUGUGGCUGAGAAACAAGAACCCUCCAUUGUUUUGGAAUAAUUACUUGAUACUUCCUUAGCUGCUGACACUUCUACUGGAUAUGGUUGUGACAACAUGACUGCUAUGCUAAUAUUAUUGAAUUAAUGAGUAUAAUCAUUAUCUUUAAUAACUUAUUAAUUUAUCAUCAAAA